GCAAUUUUCUUCACCCCAUCUUCACUAUCUGGAGAGCGAAAUGGCGCUAUCUUUAGAUUACAACACAUUAAAUGACAUACCCAAACCGGAUCUUCCGUACACCAAGGGCUACGAGUUUUCAGUGAUCGAACAUUUUCCUCCUGAACCCCACAUCAAGAGCUUCAAUCUCACUCCAGAUGAAGCUGCUAAGAGAGAAACUAUUGAUGUUUUAACCCGCGCUCUUACACGAAAACCGAUACCCGGUCAGCAGGGCUCUAAGCGUCUACGUCUCAAGAUAUGUGAUACUAUUCGAGUCGGCGAUGGAAAGACUUCCCAAAUAGUUUUGGUGGAUGUUAUAUCAGGGGAACUUUCCAAGACCCACAUUGUUGCAAAACUGUAUGAUCCUCUAUAUUAUGAUCAUUCAAAUGAUGAUGUGGAUCCCUUUAUUUUCAUUGAUGUGGAAUACACCCGGGAAAAUGCUGCCUAUAGAUAUUUACAUGGCAAAAAACAGAACGGUAUCCCUGACUUUUAUGGCUCUUAUUCUAUGGACAUCCGCUAUUCCGAUCACCAAUCUCGCACGGUACGAUUGAUAUUGCUUGAAUAUAUCAGUGGAGAUUUUAUGACUACUCUUGAUCCAAACAACUUUUGCGAUCGCUUUUGGAAAACCGUGAUGAAGCAAAUUGUUGAUCUGGAAUCGCAACUCUACAAGAUCAAUUUAAGACACGGUGAUGUGCAUCCACGGAAUGUCAUUAUUAAAAAUCAUGACAUCAAACUGGCUGAACCCGGGGUUAUAUUCAUUGAUUUUGGAUUUGCAUCUAUUGGUCGUUCUCCUAACCCACAGAACAAUAUUUAUGAAAAGAAAUUUCUGCCGGGGGUUUAUAUCAGUCCACUUCUGAGGUGGUUUAAGGCUCGGGGUAGGGAACCUAUUUGUAAUUUUGAGAACUGGAUAACAUGGGAUUGGAAUGGGUGGCUAUUGGGAAAUUAUCUCUUUGACAAGGAAAAUAUAACACCUGAGAUGAUACGGAAGUGGCUCCCACCCAGCAUGCGCCAGCAGUUUCAGAGUUUGAUUGAAUCUAGUUAGUACUAUGGGGUUUUGUUUUCUUCAAUACCUUUACUUGUCUAAUAUCUGC